CUAAAAUGUGUUGCCAUAGAAAUUGUGUUGUUUUCUUUUUUCUGUUGAGCUUAUAAACCGACAUGGAUGUUACGGAAUUUCUGAGCCGCACAGACCGCCGCAACCUCAAGUCCCAAAUAGACUUUCAGGUGGCCCGAAAGAUGAGGGAGUGGUACCAGGAUGUGGACAAUCGCCGCAUGAACUUGAGCCUGCUCCUGCAAACAGAAGCCCUGCAGGCGGAUGAGGAGAUAGCCGAAAUGCUCCAGGAGCAGGCCGAUGAGGCGGAAAGAAAGCGACACGAAUGGAUUGAAAUGGAGCGUCUCAAAAGGGAAGAAGCUGAAAAGGAGCUGGUUAAAGUUAAGAAGCAGCAGAGGGAAAUUGAAAACUCAGAAGCCCAUCGUCACAUGCAAACUAAGGAGAUUCUCUUGGAAACCAAACAAGCUCAGCUCCAUCAAAUCGAGGAGAAAAAGGCUCUCAAGCGGAGGCAGGCCUGUGUAGAGGUCCUUUGGCAGCGGGUAUGGCAAAGACUAGACGAAAGUCGAGCUCAGCAAGAGGAAUAUGAGCUUAAGCUCAGGAACUUGAUCGAAGGUAGAUGCCAGGCCCAGAAUAUGGACAGAGAUCGAGAGCUAAAGGGCCAGAUGGCCCAGGAAGUGCUAGCCGAUCAAAGGGAAUGUUCUCAGAACCUGGAAUUUGCCAAUGAAAUGGAUAUCUUAAAAAAGCAACAGGAUCUUAAAAAGGAUAAAGACAAACGCCGAAAACAACUCACUGACUUGCAGGAUCAAAUCAAGCUAAACCUUAAGAUCCAAGCCAAUCGCGCAGAGGCCAAUCUUCGCGAGGACACCUUUUACAACAUACUCGAAGAUCGACAGAUUUACGAGGAGCUUAUGGAGAAGCACUGUGCCAGGGCCCAGAAUCGUGAUUGGCACCAGCGUUAUAUGACACAUACGGCCGAGGAGCGCUCUGCUCGUCAGGAGCAAGAUCGGAGGCGGGAACGGGAUUAUCUGGGCACUGGGUGUGUGCUCAGCCAGCAGCAGAAGCAGCCAUAUGGCCGGGCAGUGCGGUAAAGCCACUCACAUUCACACUCAUCGAUCGAUAGCCUCACUCUUGUCACGCCUCAUAUUUGGAU